UUUCUUUGUCAUUUGACAGUUUUAGUUUAAUGCAAGGAAAAUAAAGAUUAAAAAGUUUAUUAUUCUCCUUUCUUGACAUGCUAAAAUUCUUAAUAAAUAAAAAAAUUAAUAUUUCACAACUAGUAAAUAUUUUUAUAAAUUUUAGUGAAAUGUUUCAAUAUUCUUCAAAUACAUUAUUAAAAAAUACAUUAAAUCAAAACAAAAGGUAUUUUAUAUGUAUGUAUUAAGCAAAUAAAUACAAGUUCUAAUAUCAUCAUUUUACAUUAAAAUGAGAACAUUCGACGUGCACAUCCUGUCGAUUUUAUUUCCUACUUUUGCGAUGAGAAAUAAAGACUUUAUUUAUUUUUUAAUAGCAUUUAUGCAUAUACUCAUUUUUACUGAGGGAAACUAUUUAAAUAUUAAUUUACCCGCGAACCAUCUUCAGUAUUAUUUCAAUUUUUUUCCUGCGGAGGCGAAAAAAUGUCUUGAUGAUGCAUCAUGUCCAUACAAGGAUAAAUUGAAUACCAAAGAUUGUUGGGGAUAUGAAUCAUCUUGUGAAACUGAGAAUUCUUUUUCUAUUCCGCAUUGUCCUGGUGAACAUAAUGGAUGGGUUGCCACUAAAAAUGCUCAAUUAGAAACAUUUUAUGCUCAAGGUGAUUUUGGCUAUGUGAGAGAUCAGAGACGUGAAAUGAUGAUUUUUUGUGAACCUCUUUUUGUGGAUGAUUCUUCACUAGAAUGUACAGAACAUAUGCGUUUUUGUAGAGGUCGAAAUAUAAUGAUAAAUUUUACCGAUUUGAUACACAGAACAGAUCCUAUUAGAUAUAAAAUGGAUGUUUUAAAAGAAGGACAAAUUGGUGGUUAUUGCAAAUUAAAUCGAAAAAGAUUGGAAGAUAAUGCAGACCACAUUAGUCCUUUACAAUCUUGGGGACCUGAAAUACAAAAUUUUCGAAGUUUACCUCAUAGACCAAUUAACGAAGGCGAUUGUGAUGUAGUUGUAGAGAAACCUACUUAUAUAAUGAAAAUUGAUGCUACGGUAAACAUGUAUCAUCAUUUUUGCGAUUUUUUUAAUUUGUACGUAUCGCUACAUGUAAAUCAAACCCACCCAGCAGCAUUUACACGAGAUAAUCAUAUUUUGAUUUGGGAAAGUUAUAGUUACCGUUCAAUAUUUCAAGAUACAUUUAAGGCAUUCACAAAAAAUCCACUUUGGGAUUUAAAAACAUUUAAAGGAGAAACUGUUUGCUUUAAAAAUGUAGUUUUUCCAUUAUUGCCUAGAAUGAUUUUUGGAUUGUAUUACAACACUCCUCUUAUCUAUGGCUGUGAAAAUAGUGGUCUUUUUAAAGCAUUUGCUGAUCACGUAAUGCAUCAUUUGAAUAUUGAUUUGCAUGAAAGAAAAAAUGCAAAAAUACGUGUCACUUUACUUUCUAGAGAUACUCAAUAUAGAAGAAUUUUAAAUGAAGAUGAUUUAAUAAAAGCUUUAAUAAAAAAUCCAAAUUAUGAUGUAAAAAAGGUUGUUUACAACAAAAAUUUACCAUUUCAAACACAAUUGGAAAUUUCAAGAAAUUCUGAUAUUUUUAUUGGUAUUCAUGGUGCUGGUUUGACGCAUCUUUUAUUUUUGCCAGACUGGGCAUCUGUUUUUGAAUUAUAUAACUGUGAAGACUCCAGUUGUUAUAAAGAUUUAGCGCGCUUACGUGGUGUAAAAUAUUUUACGUGGACAGAUCCAGAAAAAUUAAUUCAAGAAGAUCCGGGUACUCAUCCAAAUGGUGGGGCACAUGCAAAAUUUACCAACUACAGUUUUGAUGUGAAAGAAUUUUUACGAAUAGUUUCUCUUGCUGAGAAACAUGUAAAAAAUCAAAAAAGUUUCCAAGAAUAUAUUAAGAAUCGACAUAAUAAAGGUGAGGAAGAAACAUUAUCCAAAGAUGAACUUUAAUUUUAUUUUAUAAUAUAAGUUGAAGAGAAAAUGCAUUUAUUUUAAAUUCACUUUUUCAUUAUUUUGAUAAAAGUGUUUACAAACUCUGAUCUUAAAUUUUGUGAUAUCAAAUUUAAUCAAAUUAAGAUUUUUUUUUUAAACAUUAUAAUAUGUAAAUUAUUUAAUAUAAUGUGUCGAAAAUUUAUUCUCUCAUAUAAAAAAUUGACAUGAUUCCCUCAACAAAACAUGUUACCGUUCUUCAGGACUAUUGUAAUUGUAUAAUUUUUAACAGUAUUGUCAUUUUUAAAUAAAUUUAUAAUAUUUAUUUUUAAAAA